AAGUUUCAGAGCCGUAGACAAACAUUGCUCGAUGCAUAUUGCAAUGAAUAUGUAACAUCUGUUGACUAAAUCAAACCGUACAAUACAAAACCCAAUUGUCAACAAUAGAUGCCUCCACCCAAAAUGAUAUUUCUUCAAAAGCAUGCCACCUCCAAAGAAAAUUGAUCCUCUUGUUCAUCAUCAUCAUUAUUACUGUUUCCCAUGACUUCUAAAGAAGCUUGGAAGCACAGAGAAGGUGAAGAAGAAGAAGAAGAAGAGGAGGUCGAGUUGAGAGCAACAGCUCCUCCUCUUCAUGGUACUGCAACAAAAGAAGGAGCACAAGGGAGGGGUACAUGGAAGCAUGCAGCUUUCCAUGUGGCCACAACCAUUGCCACCCCUGCUGCCUAUGCACCUCUGCCCUCUGCCCUUGCCUCUCUUGGAUGGCCCCUUGGAGUUUUCAGUCUUGUUAGUGGAACACUGGCAACAUGGUAUUCGAGUUUAUUAAUUGCAUCUUUGUGGGGAUGGAAUGGAGAGAAGCAGACGACUUAUCGUCAUCUGGCAAAUAGUUUAUUCGGACCUGGAGGUUACUGGUCUAUUACAAUUUUUCAGCAAAUUGCUUCUGUGGGCAACAACAUUGCUAUUCAAAUUGCUGCAGGAAGUAGCCUUAAGGCAAUUUACAAGCACUAUUAUCCAAACGGUUCUCUAACAUUGCAAGAAUUUAUUAUUUUCUUCGGUGCUUUUGAGCUUGUUCUGUCACAACUUCCAGAUAUCCAUUCUUUGCGAUGGGUGAACGCCAUUUGCACCUUCAGUACUAUCGGCUUUGCCGGAACAACCAUUGGCGUGACCAUUUACAACGGAAAAAGAACUGAUAGAAAGGCGAUGAAUCACAAGUUGGUUGGCAGCUCUUCGUCUAAGAUAUUUAAAUCUUUUAAUGCACUUGGGACGAUUGCUUUUUCAUUUGGUGAUGCAAUGCUUCCAGAAAUACAGAGCACUGUAAAAGAUCCUGCCAAAUGCAACAUGUACAAAGGCAUAUCUGCCGCAUACGGAAUUAUAGUUCUGAGUUACUGGUCAUUGGCAUUCAGUGGUUAUUGGGCAUUUGGAUCGACAGUUCAACCAUAUAUUUUGUCUUCCCUCACCAUUCCCAGAUGGACAAUAGUCAUGGCGAACAUAUUCGCCGUAAUUCAGAUAUCAGGAUGCUUUCAGAUAUAUUGCAGACCAUCGUACGCAUAUUUUGAGGGUAGAUUGCUGUCGGAAAAUGCAAACCACAGGACAAGAGUCUCUGUUUUUGUCCGAAGACUUGGUCUUACCACUUCCUACAUGUCUCUCAUUACUCUAAUUGCCGCAGCAAUGCCAUUUUUCGGGGACUUUGUUGCCAUUUGUGGAGCUAUCGGCUUUACCCCACUCGAUUUCGUAUUCCCGUCUUUGGCUUUUCUAAGAUCUGGUAGAACUUUGAAGAACAGGAAGCUGCGAGUUGCAAUGCAGAUUCUUAAUAUUUCAAUUUCUGUUUGGUUCUCUGUUGUUGCAUUGUUAGGUUGCAUUGGUGCAAUCAGGUUCAUCAUUCUUGAUAUAAAGACCUACAAGUUUUUUCAUGAUAUGUGAUUUGUGGCUGUAGCUUAUUUAUGCAACCGGCAAUAUAGUGAUUUAUCUAUUUUUCUAAUUUAUUGUGUUAAGUAAAUAAUAACUGUUUGUACAGUGUAAAAUUAUAGGAAUAAGGUUUGAUUGAAGCCUUCUUGGCUUCAUUUUCAUUUUUUC